AUGAGUCGUAAAACUAUACAACAAAGAGAAUUAGCCCGUAAAGCUAAAAUUGAUCCAUUGAAAAGUGAUCGUUAUAAAAUAAUUAGUCGAUUAGGUGAUGGUGGAUUCUGUGAAGUAUUUAAAGCAAAAGAUUUACACACAGGUAAAUCUGUAGCCAUCAAACGUGUUGAUCGUACAAAACCCACAUAUCAAAAGUAUUCAUCAAAAGAAGUUGAAAAAAAGAUUAAAAAAUUAAUGUAUCGUGAAGCGUCUAUUAUGCGUGCGCUAGAACAUCCAAAUCUUGUAAAAUUAUAUGAUCUUGUCGAUGAAAAUGAUCAAAUUUAUUUAGUUAUGGAAUUAGCUGAAGGUGGUGAAUUAUUUGAUAGAAUAAUUAAACGUGGAAAAUUUAGUGAACGUGAUGCAGCUGUUAUUAUAGCACAAAUGUUAUCCGGUGUACAAUAUAUGCAUGCAGCCGGUUAUGUACAUCGUGAUAUUAAACCAGAGAAUAUAUUGUUUGAAAAACCAACUGAUGAUUCUAAAUUACUAAUUACAGAUUUUGGUUUAUCUAGAGAAAUUCAACCAAAAAUGAUGACAAAUUGUGGUACAGUGGAUUAUUCAGCUCCAGAAUUACUUAAAAGUAAACUAACAAAAUCUGGUUAUGGUCCAGAAGUCGAUAAUUGGAGUAUUGGUGUUGUCUCGUAUAUCCUACUCUGUGGUUAUCCACCAUUUUAUUCAGUAAAUCAAGAUGACAAUGAGAUUAAAAAACAGAUCAUGUCAGGGACUUAUCAUUUUCAUCAUCCACACUGGGAUCAUAUAUCAAAAUCAGCUAAAAAUUUCAUCUCCUCUCUGCUGAAACCUGAUCCAGAAGAAAGAGCUACGCUGGAACAGUCGUUAGAUCAUCCAUGGAUACGCUUAGAAACAAGUUCUACACUAGAUAUUUAUCCAAUGAUAGAAUCAAAUAUGCGUGAUACACUAGCUCGUCAACGUUGGCGAUGUUUAGGCUUAGCCGCGAAUGCAGUCAAUUUAUUCACUAUGGCAAGUCAAUCAAUGGCUCAAAGAUGUUUUUCUUUGAAAGAGAUAAACACUGCCGAACAAUAA